AUGGCGGCCCCGGCCUCGCCCCCAGCCAAGAUGGCGGACGGCGAGAAGCGGCGCCCGUCGCCGGCGAGCCACCCCGCGGCGGAGGAGGAGGAGGCCGCUUUCCUGCGGCGGGCCGGCGUGGGCGACAUGGUGCGGGGCGCCUUGCUGAAGCUGCUCGAGGCGCGGCCGGAGGACCCCGUCGACUUCCUGGCCGGCUACUUCGACCGGCUGGCGCAGAGCAGCGCGGAGGCCAGGGCCGAGGGCGGCGACCCGCAGUGGCAGCUCCAGUGGCGCCUCGACCGCGCCCUCUGGUACCUGCGCCUGGCCCACCACUCCCACAGGACAACCUUCAACAACAAUGUCAGCAUGGCGUACGAUUCCUUGAGUGCCGGCGGGAGACGGAAGAAGCCCGGGGUCAAUGGCAAACUCUACAGCGAGUUGCUGGAGAUGUUCUUCCGCGACAGGGGAGCCACCGAAGAAAUCGUCGCGCCGUUGCUUCAGAAGAUAACGUGCCGGGACCACGAGGCAGUGCCGUUUGACAUCUUCCGCUACGGGGCGCUCACUUCGCUGGUCCUCCUGGAGUUUUUGGGCAAGGCGAGUGCACUUUACGAGGCCCUGGAUGGUGGAUCUGGUGCGGCUGAUCAACGGAUCUGCCUGGCUGUCCUCGGCACUCUGGAGAAAGCUCUCCACGACAGCGAUGUCUCCAGCCCCGUCCGCUACUUGGAGGCUGGGUCCAAGCUCGGGCCGGACUGCUUGGCUUCGGCCAUGGACGAGGCGUUGGCCGAGAGGAAGGCCAGCGUGGCCAUGAAGAAAGGGGAGUUCCUCAAAAAAGCUUCAGCCAUUUUUGUUGACAAAGUGAAACCUGUUGGCUGA